GCUUUGACGUUACAUCUGUAUAUGUGCCUGUGUAGGCUGUAUUAUUUUUGUGUUUACCUCAUUAUUCUAGUUUAAAAAAAUUAAUAUUUUGUCAAGAUGUCGAAGGCAAUCAAGUACUAUUAUGAUUUCCUGUCGCAGCCGUCCCGAGCUCUCUGGAUUGGCAUGAAACUGAGCAAGACCCCCUUUGAAGGCUGCCCGGUUGCCCUGCGAAAGCAGGAGCAGUUAACAGACGAGUACAAAAGCAUUAAUAGAUUCCAAAAGGUUCCGGCCAUCGUGGAUGGUACAUUUCAGUUGGGCGAGAGUGUCUCCAUAGUCCGUUACCUCUCGGACAAAGGAGUCUUCAGCGAGCAGCUGUAUCCCAAGUCCCUGGAGGAUCGUGCCCGUGUUGACGAGUUCCUGGAGUGGCAGCACUUCAAUGUGCGCAUGGUGUGCGGCCUGUUCUUCCGGCAAGUUUGGCUUCUCCCGGCAAAGGGUCUAGCUCCGGCUCCCAAGCCCGAGGCGGUUAAAAAGCUAAUAAGGGACGUGGAGGGCAACCUGGGUCUCUUGGAACGCAUCUGGCUGGAGAAGGACUUCCUGGUCGGUGAUAAGCUCACAGUGGCGGACAUCUUUGGGGCUUCGGAAAUCAAUCAAAUGAAGCUCUGUCAAUACAAUGUUAAUGAGAAGCAGUUCCCCAAGACAGCCAAGUGGCUGGAACGCGUGCGGAAGGCCACCAAUCCCUACCACGACGAGGCCCACAGUUUUCUGUACAAGGUCUCCAAGCAGGCAGCCAGUGCCAAAAUGCUGCAAGUUGGCGCUGUUGAUCUUUGGACUGGAGCUUUGUUUGUUUUCACUUUUCCCACCUGGGGGAUCAAUACAUUCGCCGGCUGUUUGGCAGUUUGGAUUGGGGAGCCAGAGCAAUUGACCGCCAUGUCCACGCCAAUUAAAUUCUAUUACGAUUUGUUAUCCCCGGUCUCCCGUGCUCUGUGGCUAGCUUUAAAAUUGGGCAAUUCGCCCAUUGAAUAUUGCCCCAUUGCCCUCCGUAAAUUUGAGCAAUUGACCGAGGAGUACAAGAAGAUCAAUCGCUUCCAGAAGCUGCCCGCCAUAGUGGAUGGAGAUUUCCAUUUGUCCGAAACUAUAGCCAUUAUACGUUAUCUCGCAGACAAAGGUCAGUUCGACCAAAAGCUUUACCCAAAAUCUGUGGAGGCUCGCGCCCGAGUGGAUGAAUACCUGGAGUGGCAGCACCUGAACAUACGUCUGGCCUGUUCCCUGUACUUCCGGGAUGCCUGGCUGUUUCCCAUUAAUGGCAUAGCACCCAAGCCCAAGCCAGAACAGCUGCAAAAGCUGAUCGAUGGAGUAGAAACCAAUCUGGGUCUCCUGGAGCUCCUGUGGCUAGAAAAGGACUUUCUGGUGGGACAGAACCUGACAAUGGCUGAUAUUCUCGGUUCCUCGGAAAUCAAUCAAUUGAGACUCUGCCAAUACCAAGUGGAUGGCAAAAAGUUCCCCAAGGUGGCCAAAUGGUUGGAGCGCGUCAGGGAAGCCUCCAAUCCUUACCACGACGAAGGACUAAAGUUUAUCAACCUGAAGGCAAAGCAGGACACUGUUGCCAAGUUGUGAUGACUGAAAUACUUACCACCCAAUAAAAAUAUCCUGAGAUUAAACUGCCAGUUAUUGGAACUUAAA